AUGCUGUUCCCUUUCUCGUGCUGGCUACACGCUUGCAUUUGCAUUUUUGCGUUUGCUAUUUCUCUGAGCAAUGCGAAGAAGCUGGUGAGACACGAUGCUAGCUUCACCCCCGACAUUGUCCUGCGGGUCAGCGUCGACACUAUCCAGCUCAACUGCCAGCCUCGUCUCUCAACGCUGGUCAACGGCACAUACCCGGCACCUCCCAUAUAUCUCGAGCCCGAGCGAACAACAUGGAUUCGGGUGUACAACGACGCACAUGUGAAUACGACAAUGCAUUGGCAUGGUCUCUCACUGGCUGCGGUGCCCUUUGCUGACGGGGCCCCAUUGGCCUCACAAUGGCCGAUUCCUCCUGGGCAUUUCUAUGAUUACGAGCUCCAUCCUAGCGCUAGCGAAGCUGGAACGUCCUUCUAUCAUUCGCAUGUGGGCUUUCAAGCCAUCACGGCAUCGGGGGCAUUGAUUAUAAAGGAUGCUGUGCCUCCACCAUAUGGAUACGACGAUGAGAUCAUUCUGAAAAUCGGCGACUUCUACCCUGAGGACGAUCAAACCAUCGAAUUACAGUUGACAGAGGUUCCCUGGAUAUGGACGGGAGAUCCGACGUCUCUGCUAAUUAAUGGACAAAGUGGAACAGCUCCUAACGCUUCUAAUCCAGGUCCGUCGGACCCUUCAUGUCAACCUUGGAUCAUGAAUGUCGAGACCGACAAGACGUAUCGAGUACGCCUUAUUGGCAGCACUGCCUUGUCUCUGGUGCUAUUUGGCUUGGAGCAUCACGACAAUCUGACCAUCAUCGAAACGGACAACUCCUACGUCUAUCCUGUAGAAACGCCGUAUAUGCAGGUCGACACAGGUCAGAGAUUCAGUUUCUUGUUGAAGACGAAAUCGCAAAGUGAAUUGGACCAUUUGAAUGGACGGACGAAAUUCUGGAUUCAGUUCGAGACUCGAGAAGGCCAGAGUGCGGUUUUUGCAUGGGCUAUUCUCAAUUACGCCGUCACGAGCUUUCCGACGCGGCAAGGAUUGGAGCAAAGCGGUCCCGGGGACCGUCGCGAUUCGGCCUCAAACUCAUCAUGUGCGGGUUCCCUCCCUCCGGCACCAAUCCUCGACCUACCCGCCAAUGUAACAGAUUGGCUCGAGUAUGCUUUUCAGAAUCCUCCGUUGGCAGGCUACGAAGCUCCCCCCAAUGCAACGGAGGUGACUCGCCGCAUCAUCAUCUCAACCUCACAAUUCCUCAAUAACUCCUCCGGCGACACAGUGAUGAUCUCAAACCACGAAUACUGGACCGAUACCGCUCCCUUAGGACCAACAACGAACACACCGUACCUCGUUGAGAUUCUUCAAAAUGGGAGUAUCAAUGGAGUCACUCCAGACUACGGCCGUGCCACCGCCAACGGGGGCUUUGAUCCUCUCUCACAGAUAUAUCCAGCCCAAAUCGGCGAGGUCCUUGAAAUUGUAUGGCAGAAUGCUGCUUCAUACCCAGCGGGGAUCUACGGUCCGCAUCCGAUGCAUGCUCACGGUGGACCCUAUUGGGACUUGGGUUCUGGCCCAGGGGAAUACUCACCGGAAGCUCACGCAGCACUGCUGGAAUCCUAUUCAGCUGACAAUGUCCCUUACCCCGGCUCGCGGCGUGACACGACCUUGUUAUAUAAGUACACUUUGCAGGCCCCUCAGCCUGGGGAAGUGAAUGGCUGGCGAGUAUGGCGCAUACGCGUCACUGAGAGGAAUGUUGGCGUGUGGAUGAUGCACUGUCAUAUCCUGCAGCAUGUCAUAAUGGGCCAGCAGACGGUAUGGGUGUUCGGGACGCCAGAGGAGAUCAGAGCGAAUUCGAUGCCUGUACAAGGCAAUUUGGAGGGAUAUUUUACCUAUGGCGGGAAUGUUAUGGGCAAGGCUGGAGAGGAAGAGGCGGGGAUUGAUAUUAUGCAAUUCUUCAGGGAUGGAUGA